AUGUUCUUUCUCAUUUCAUUUUGUACAGUCGCAAACAGCGGUUUCCUGGAUGUUCUCCAUUGGCCUAACUUGACACUCAACUUCGACGGAAUUGACAACAUAGCGGAGAAUGGGAUUAUCACAAAAACUGGUGAAAUGUUGCCAUUUGAGGUCAUCAUAUACGCGACCGGGUUCAUCAGCAAACAGGAUCGCUACCCAAUGCAUGUCCGAGGCUCGAACGGAGCUACCAUCCAAGGGUAUUAUGAUGCUCAUGGUGGCCCUACCGCAUACCUCGGAACUGCAGUUCCUGACAUACCAAACUUCUACUUGCUAGUUGGACCAAAUACUGGAAUACCAGCAUCAACGUUGUUCAUGGAAGAAGUCCAAGUAAAUCCAGUGAACUUUUUGUUGGAUAUAUCCAUCAACUCAUAG